CAUGUUUUAUCUAAACAUGCUGUGCCAUUCCAGAAACAAUCAGAUCCCUGACUAUUUUUAACGCAAGCGGCUUAUAUUACGCCUCCGCAAUUUGAUCUUGUAACACAACCCCCACCUUGUUUGGUAGUACAUGUUGAAAUAAAGGUUUUGCAUGCAUCAUCUGUAACCAGAUCAGUUGGAGCAUUAUCACAUGUCUUAUCCAUACAUUUUCCUUUACUCCAAAAGCAUGCUACAUUUGAUCUGUCCUUAACGCAACCAAUUUCAGCAACUUAAUCUUCACAUUUAACUCCCAAUUCAAUACAUCCUCCUCCUUCUUUGGCUGUGCAUUUAGAAAGCUAAGCUCUGCAGACAGCGUCAGAUGUUAAUGUAAGUGGCAAUUUAGGACAGUCGUCAGCAUCUUCACAUUUAGGGUUGGCUGCAUCUGUUAUGUUCCAGUAGCAAUAUCUUUCAGAAGCAUUCAAAACACAUGAUUUAGAAGUCAAAUAGGUUGAGCAUGCUGCCUUUUCGACGCAUCUUACUCCAUCUGUAAUACAUCUGGUUGAGACUGCUUAACAUUUUGCAUCAUCAUCAUAGACAAAUGGUGUGCAUGCAGUAAAGUGAGUACAAGCCUUGCCAUCCCAUGCGCAAGGGUUCUUCUUUGGGCAUUCUUCUGCUGUAUUGAAUUAAUCACAGUAUGCAGCAAAGGUUGUUGUGUCUGUUGGUGUUGUUGGUGUUUCUGACACUGCACAUGCUUUUUUUGUUUUAUCCCAUGUA